CUCUUUCUCUCUCUCUCUUUCGUCUAAUACUUCUUCCAAAGUACUUCUUCAUACAUGCAAACAUCAGAGUACUCGUCCAGCGACCGUCCCAUCCUCCCUCCCAUCUCCAGCAUUGACAGCCAACUUCCGUCGUCGUCAUCCACUUCCUCCUCUUCCUCCUCAUGGAGUUUCGGCGGCCCAGGUGGUGGGGGUCCUUCCAUGUCCUUGCCUUCACCGCCACUCGGCAAUCACAAAUCCGCUCCAGCAGCAACCAUCUCUUCGCAGACAGCAUUCGACCAAAGCCGUCGACUUUCUCCUCUAAAUUUCCAAUCGCACACACAAGCACAAGCACAACACCAAUACCCACAUACUUUGCAUUCACAGCCACUUCCGCAUUCACCGCCACAACAUCACCAGCAACCGUCGCCACAAAAACUAGCCCCAUGGCCACAACCUGACUACCGAGCAUCACAACAUCAACAAAUCGAAACACAGCGAGCGGCUGCUACACGCAAGCGGGUAUUCCAAGACAUGGACCAGGUUGUCAAUAAUUGCACCACAAUGCGCGAAACAAUGCUUCGUCAACAAUCCAAUAUGCCUGUCGAUGCACACCUUUUGGCUAACUCUCAACCAUGGCUCGACGACAUGAUUGGUCAUGCAAACGAAAUUUUAAACGCACUCUUACGAAUGCAAAAACAGCAACUCGCUGCUCAAGAAGAAAAACGUCAAGCCUAUUACUCCACACUGGUCACUCCAACAAGUGUUUAUGUGGACCAACGACCGGAGAUGCACGAUGACGACGAAGCAAUGCAUUAUGACGACAGUAAUCCUUUGCGUAGCCUUCGCCAACGCAAGCGAAGAAAGCGAAACGUGUUCCAAGGACGCUGUCAUUCAUGUAAUAUCUCAGAAACACCCGAGUGGCGCCGAGGUCCUGACGGUGCUCGUACUCUCUGCAAUGCCUGUGGUCUUCACUAUGCCAAGCUGGAACGUAAGCGAGCUGCUGCUGAAGCAAACAAGGAAAAAGACCCAACAGCGUCAACGAAUAAAGACGAUCAACAGCAAUUGCUUGUAUCUCCCUCAUCCUCUCCUACAACCACUGCCAGUUCAUCUAUGCAAGAUGAUGCUGUCGUAACGCCAUGAAAAUAGCCCAAAAAACGCCCAUUUAUAUCGUCUUUAUCGUUAUCCCGCUCUUUCCUCCUUCAUCCUCAUUCUUCUGAAAGAUAUAUCUCUCUAUAGCCAUGCAGCUUUUAUAAUCUGUACUUAUAGCCCUUCCUUCUUCUUCCUCUGUAACACGCUUCCUGUAACAAAUCAUUACGACAAAGCCACGUCAACUUCACAUGCACAUACAGCACUAAUUGUAGUAAUACCACCACUUCAUGUUUUUAUAUAUACUGUAUCAUCCAAUGUCAUCAUUUAUUCCCUUUGCUAGCUUUUUGGGAAAGAAGCAUCGCUUCUCUUCUUUUCCGAAUCUAAUAGUAUGAAUUCCUAUAUUUUAUGUUCAUUUGCUUUCUUUUAAUCAUUAACAAAAAACCGUCUCUUUUCUCGCCAUCAAUAAACACACGUACUCCUCUCUUUCUUCUCUGAGAACUCGCA